GUUACCCACGCAAGUCUCAAUGAUGCACCAAUUCCGACGAAUGAUACGUAUGAAUUUUUUGUCAACGAGGGUUUUGUUGGUGCGAUUGGAGAGGUGCAAUUUACCGAUGCAGAUAAUGAUGAAAUCACUCUAAGCAUUGAGCCCAAAUCAUACAGAAGUUUUUUUGCAAUAGAUCCGAAGAGUGGAAAAUUGUCGGUGAAAAAAGCGCUCAACUAUUCGAUGGAAUACGAACGCUAUACAUUUUUGGUAUUAGCCACCGAUACAGGAGUACCGCCAUUAACAGCAUUUGCGAAUGUUAUCGUCACUCUGAUCGACACCAACGAUCAUGCACCAGUAUUCAAUCAGAACGAUUACUCAGUUAUACUUCCCUCAGAUGCCGUCAUACCAUACCCAGUUCCAUUGAGAAUAAUUGUUCGUGACGGUGACCAUGGCGAAAACGCAAAAAUUCGUUACUCAUUAAAAGGAAAGGAUGCUAACUGUUUCGCUAUUGAUUCAGAACGCGGUUCAUUAACAUUCAACUGUGAUCUCGCUAACUCUGCGCCGAAGACAAAUUAUACGUUCAAGGGCACUGCAGUGUUUAUUGAUCUGUUCGGUAGAACGGCAGUGGUAUCCAUGCCGAAUGUUGAUAUGAUAGUGAUCACUUAUUUGCAGGUGGUUGCAACAGACCGGAACGGUGAAGGAAAAUCGACUGAAGCCGAAGUGGUCGUUUUGAUAGCUUAUCCAACGGUCGCUAGUCCAUCAUCAACGGAAGAUUUGUCACAUGUUGAUAAGGCAUCUACAGUGAGUUCCUUGGAAUCGCCUGUUACAUCUGAAAUUCAGCCGUCAGUUGAUAACCGAGUGACCGAAGAGGAAAAUCUUGACAGUACUCCUUCUAGUGUCCUGAAACCCACACAGAGCCUUACAACAUCAAACGAUAUCGACUCCAGAACGGUAAAGCAAAGCAGUUCAGGGAUCGUACCUCUACCCACUCCAUCAUCUUCGAAACAAUCAUCGAAUCACGCUCCAACAUUCCCAUAUCCACUCUACAAAUCCCUGAUGCCAGAAGGUCGCUACGGAAGUGGAACGGUUCUUUCGAUGAAACCAGCUGGAAUCAGAGCCGAGGACGUCGAUGAGGUGAGACAUGAUUCAUCGUUUUCCAGGAUUGAAGAGCACAUUCACCAUGCAUUUAAUUCACCGAAUUACUUUUAA